AUGUUGAGAUCAUCAUCACGCUUAGUCGUCAGACAAGGGUUGCAAGCAUUCAGAUCUUCCACUCCCCGUGCACUCCGAACUCAAGUUCCCAAGUUGCUUUUAUCCUCGAGAACAUUUUCCCAAUUAGCACACGUCAAAACCCCACCAAAUUUACAAAACGAGCCAGUGAAACCAUUUGGUUUCAAUGAUGUCAAGGAUUGGGAUUUGUUACGUGCUUCGCUUACUAAAUUUACCGAUGAAGCUAGUUUAAAAGUACCAUUGGUUGUUGGUGGACAAAAAAUCUAUCGUGAAGACACCAAGCCACAAUUGAAUCCCGCUAACCAUUCACAAAACUUGGCUGAUGUGUCGCAAGCCACUGUCCAAGACGUACAAGCUGCUAUUAAAGCUGCUAAAGCCGCAAAGGAGUCGUGGGCCAACACACCAUGGAGCGACAGAGCUGCCAUAUUUCUCAAAGCGGCCGACUUGAUCUCAACUAAGUACAGGUAUGAUAUGUUGGCAGCAACAAUGUUGGGUCAGGGUAAAAACGUUUAUCAAGCUGAGAUUGACUGUGUUGCUGAAUUGAUUGAUUUUUUCAAGUUUAAUGUCAAGUACGCUGAGGAAUUGUACGGACAGCAACCUUUACAAACUGCACCUGGAGUCUGGAACCGUGCUGAAUAUAGACCAUUGGAAGGAUUCGUGUAUGCUGUCACUCCAUUCAACUUCACCGCCAUUGCCGCAAACUUGGUUGGUGCUCCAGCAUUGAUGGGAAAUACUGUUGUUUGGAAACCAUCAGCAACUGCAGCAUUGUCCAACUACUUGUUGUUGACCAUUUUGGAGGAAGCUGGUUUGCCCAAGGGUGUUAUUAACUUUAUUCCUGGAGACCCGGUUGAAGUCACCGAUGUCGUUUUGAAUGAUCGUGAUUUUGCAGCUUUGCAUUUCACUGGUUCAACUGAGGUUUUUAAGAAAUUGUACCGUCAAAUUAGUGAAAAUGUGUCGAAUGAUAAGUACAGGGAUUUCCCAAGAAUUGUUGGUGAGACUGGUGGUAAAAACUUCCAUUUGAUUCAUCCUAGUGCUUCGUUAAACCACUCUGUUUUGUCUACGUUGAGGGGAGCUUUUGAAUACCAGGGACAAAAGUGUUCAGCCACAUCGAGAUUAUACGUCCCUGAAUCCAUAUGGCCUGAAUUCAAAGAUAUCUUGUCUUCUCAAAUUGAGCAAAUCACUAUUGGGGAUACUUCUGCAUCAAACUCAUUAAAUGCAUUCAUGGGACCCGUCAUUCACGAACAAUCAUUCCAAAAAUUGGCCAAGGCUAUUGAUGAUGCUAAAUCUGAUCCAGAGUUGGAGAUUGUUGCUGGAGGAUCUUAUGACUCAAGCAAGGGGUUCUAUGUUCAACCUACAUUAAUCAAAACUACAAACCCCAACCAUGAGUACUUGACUAAGGAAUUCUUUGGCCCCAUCUUGACCACAUAUGUUUACCCUGACUCCGAAUAUGACUCAAUCAUCAAAUCCAUUGAUUCGGUGACAAAGUAUGGUUUGACGGGAUCGAUUUUCGCUAGAGAUAGACAAGCUAUUAGAACAGCUGAAGAGAAGUUGAGGUAUUCAGCAGGUAACUUUUACAUUAAUGAUAAGUCAACUGGUGCCGUUGUUGGUCAACAAUGGUUUGGUGGUGCUAGAGCUUCAGGAACAAAUGAUAAAGCAGGAAGUGCCAAUAUCUUGUCGAGAUUUGUUUCCGUUAGAAAUGUAAAGGAGAACUUUUACGAAUUGGCCGAUUUCAAGUACCCAUCAAACUACAACUAA